CAACACCUGUGGUCACUGGGAGAUGUAGAGUAUAUGUACACUAAAAAAAUCUGAUUCCAUUUCAUUUCCUAGAUGUAUUUUCGGAGGGGUGAGCUUUUACAAUGAGGGCUACUCUGCUGCUGGUUUUGCUAUUCGGUCUGUCUGGGAAAUGGGCUCAAGGAGAGAGUGGAGGAGCUGACCAAGGUUUACAGACGAGGGAUAUCUGGGAUGAGCUGAGAGCUCUGAGAGACAUGAUGGUGGAGCAGAGGGUGGAACUGAGGAAUACCAAGGCUGAACUGCAAACCCAGAAGGACAAAGUGGUUCGUCUAGAGAAAGAGAACACAGAGAUGAGCUCCAGACUGACAGCCACUGAAAACAAGGUGACAGCAAUUACAGCUGAGCUGGAAGUGAAUAAGAUUGAACAGCAACUGCAGAAAAAAAAAGUGGAGGAGGCUGAGAGACUGAUUUCAGUGCAAGCAGCAGAACUGGCAGCCCUGGUUUCCAGAGUGACAACCAGUGAGAAGGAAGUGCAGGAGCAGAAGAAGGAGGUGACAGCUCUCAGGGAAGAGCUGGAUAUUUCUAAGACUGAACUACAGCUCACCAAGAACAAAUUGGUUGAGAUGGAAAGUACAAUUGCAGACACUCCGAAGCUGGCUUUCUCUGCUGGUUUGACCACUUCAGGAAAGAUUGGACCAUUCAAUACUGAAACUCCACUAAUCUACAGUAGAGUCUUCACAAAUAUUGGUGGGGCUUACAACCCAACUACAGGUAUCUUCACAGCACCUGUCAAAGGAGUCUACUAUUUAAGAUUCACUGCCUUCAACAACAAGAAUGGAGAAUGGAUGGCAGUAAAUUUAUACCAUAAUAGUCAAAGAAUUUUGCAUAAUUCGGAGGUAUCUAAUGGUCAUGCUUUCAUUGCAAAUGCAUUAAUUCUACAGCUGGAACAGGGAAGUGUGGUCUAUAUGCGUCUCCACCAAAACUGUGGGCUUUAUGAUGAUACUAGCUCAUUGAACACCUUCAGUGGUUUCCUGCUGUUCCCUCUGUAACUUUCAGAUAUAGUUUGAUAUCUUCACCAAGGCCUUGACGAUUUUUGCACUUUCCAGUGAUCUAUUACACUACAUUUAAUUAAUACUUUAUAAAUAUUGUCCUUGGUUACCUCAAUUUGAUCAAGUCAUUUAUAUCCACAGAAUAAAGAAGUUGACUCUUGUAUGCUACAAUCACUGAUAAAAUAAAAUGCAUGUGCAUGACCACCAA